AUGCCUGCUCCCGCGCUUCUCAACGGCUCUCAGAGGCGGCCGGAUCUACACCUUGUUGGCGACGAGGACUCCGUAUACGAACAGGAUAUCCUGCGAACGCCCGGAAGCAUCAAGCCAUGGCUUGCCUACAUUCAGUUCAAGUCUCAACAUGGAACCAUACACGAACGCGCCUUCGUGCUCGAGCGAGCGUGCCUCCAACUCCCGCGGUCUUACAAGCUCUGGAAGAUGUAUCUUACCUUCCGCGUCAAGCAUGUUUCAAAGCUAAACGCUGCCAUUUUUCCCGCCGAGUACCAAAAGGUCAAUGCCCUCUUCGAGCGCGCCCUCAUUCUGCUGAACAAGAUGCCUCGCAUCUGGGAGCUUUAUCUGAAGUUCUUGCUUCAGCAGCCGCUCAUUACAACUACCCGACGCACCUUCGAUCGAGCCCUUCGCGCCCUACCGCUUACCCAACACAAUCGAAUAUGGGCCCUCUACAAGCCAUUUGUCAACUCUCCUGCAGGAAUCAGCGCCGUCAAGGUGUGGCGCCGCUAUAUGCAAAUACAUCCCGAGGACGCCGAAGACUUCAUUGAACUCCUUGUACAGGUCGGCUUCUACACCGAAGCCGUCAAGAAGUACAUGGAUAUUCUUAACAACCCGCGUUUUACGAGCAAGCAAGGGAAAGGACACUACGAGCUUUGGAGUGAAAUGGUGGACUUGAUGGUGGAACACGCGGCGGAGAUCGAGACCGGUCAUGAAACUGGUAUUGACGUUGACAGGAUCGUCAGAAGCGGUAUUGUCCGGUUCGCCGACCAACGCGGGAAACUCUGGUGUGGUCUGGCGACGUACUGGAUACGAAGAGGCAGCUUCGAACGCGCCAGAGAUGUGCUCGAGGAAGCCAUCACUACCGUAAUGACAGUACGGGACUUCACGCUUGUUUUCGAUUCUUAUACCGAAUUUGAGGAGUCCAUCAUUGGAGCUCUUAUGGAGGUCGCCUCGAACCGCGCCGACAGCGGCAUCGUGGAUGAGGAGGCGGAUUUCGAACUCGAUAUACGGAUGAUGCGCUUCGAGCAGCUCAUGGAUAGAAGACCAUUCCUUCUCAACGACGUGGUCCUGCGACAAAACCCCAACAAUGUGUCUGAAUGGGAGAAGAGAGUAGCGCUCUGGGGUGACAAUCAUCUCGAAAUCGUACAGACGUACACAGCCGCAAUCGCAACAAUACAACCAAAAAAGGCCGUCGGACCCUUCCACCAGCUCUGGGCUAAUUACGCCAAAUUCUACGAGCGCGGCGGUGAUCUACGCAAUGCGCGCAUCAUCAUGGAAAAGGCCGUCAAAGUGCCGUUCAAGUCCGUUGCGGAGCUGGCCGAUAUGUGGAUUGAGUGGGCUGAAAUGGAGUUGAGGAACGAGAAUUUUGACGAUGCCGUUCGAAUUAUGGCCAAAGCUGUACAGGCGCCGAAGAGAUCCACCGUCGAUUACUUUGACGAGACGCUAUCGCCGCAGCAGCGUGUGCACAAGAGUUGGAAGCUGUGGAGUUUCUACGUGGACCUCGUAGAAAGCGUCAGCUCGGUGGAGGACACGCGAAAGGUUUAUGAGCGCAUCUUUGAGCUGCGGAUUGCGACACCACAGACAGUAGUCAACUAUGCGAAUCUACUGGAAGAGCACCAAUACUACGAGGAGUCAUUCAAGAUCUACGAACGCGGCCUUGAUCUCUUCAGCUACCCGGUCGCCUUUGAGUUGUGGAACCUCUACCUCACAAAGGCUGUUGAUCGCAAGAUCGGCAUUGAGCGUCUGCGCGACCUAUUCGAACAGGCCAUUGAGGACUGCCCACCCAAAUUUGCCAAGGUCAUCUACCUCAUGUACGGCAACUUGGAAGAGGAGCGGGGCCUCGCGAGGCAUGCUAUGCGCAUCUAUGAACGCGCAACGCGGGCGGUGGCAGAUGAGGAUCGUGCAGAUAUGUUCAAUUUUUACAUCACCAAGUCGGCAUCCAACUUUGGCCUACCGUCGACGAGGCCAAUCUACGAAAAGGCCAUCUCCACUCUACCCGACAACGAGGCACGGGAUAUGUGCCUAAAGUUUGCCGACAUGGAGAAGCGCCUUGGCGAGAUCGAUCGGGCAAGGGCCAUUUACGGUCACGCGUCACAGUUCUGUGAUCCACGCACCAGCCCAGCCUUUUGGACCAAGUGGGAGUCGUUCGAGGUGCAGCAUGGCAACGAGGAUACUUUCAAAGAGAUGCUGCGUAUCAAGCGUAGUGUGCAGGCGCAGUACAACACGGACGUCAAUUUCAUCGCGUCGCAGGCGCUCGCGCGCAGUCAGCGGCGACCAGAGGAGUCAGGCGAUGCCGAGGUGGACGAUGCUAUGGCGGCACUCGAGCGACAGGCGAGAGCACCGGCUGGGUUUGUGGCUGCCAGCGACGCUCCCAAGGUGGACAGCGCAAUGGAAGCACCGCCAGCGACGGCGAACCCGGAUGCUAUCGACAUUGAUGACCUUGACAAGUAA